AUGUCUCUCUCUGUGACGAAAUCGCAAUUCGAUUUUGGGAAGAAGCAAUUCGUGAGUCACACAAGCUUCAAUGAUGGUGGAAAACAGAAUCCCAUAGCCAUAGAUGCUUUUCCUCUUCUUCUCAAGGAGACUGAUGACCGUAUUGUCCAAGAUGUCUGCACUAUCUCGGUCCUACCUGAUGAAGGAAACACCAGUCCGCAAUAUGCCUACAAAUCAUGCCUUGUAGAUAUAAACGUAGACAAGGGAAGUGGUGAGACAGUGACUCCACAUGAUGGCAUUGGUGUGAAAUCUGAGAAUGUGUCUCAAGUAUUUUCUCUUACAGCAUACGCAAAAGGCAAGUCGGUCUCUGAGACUGAGAGAUGCCACGAUGCACCAACCAACAGAUGGAGAAAAUACAAGCGUGCAGCUUCCUUUGAUUCAAGGAAAAUCGUCAUCCUAUUCUCCAUCUUAUCAAGUGUUGGGACAUUGAUAUUGAUAUACCUAACACUGAGAGUGAAGCAAAACGGGGACGACAACAAAAUAUCUGAGAAUGAAGCAGAACGGUGA